AUGUCAUGGCACCCCCAGUACCGGAGCUCCAAGUUCCGCCACGUCUUUGGCAAACCAGCCAGCAAGGAGAACUGCUACGACUCGGUGCCCAUCACCCGCAGCGUUCACGACAACCACUUCUGUGCCGUGAACCCCCGCUUCAUUGCAGUCGUGACUGAGUGUGCUGGCGGGGGGGCCUUCCUCGUCAUCCCCCUGCACCAGACUGGAAAGUUGGACCCCCACUACCCAAAGGUCUGCGGGCACAGAGGGAACGUCUUAGACGUCAAGUGGAACCCUUUUGAUGAUUUUGAGAUUGCCUCCUGUUCUGAAGAUGCCACGGUUAAGAUCUGGAGCAUUCCCAAGCAGCUGCUGGCAAAGAACCUCACAGCCUGCAGGAAGGAGCUGGUGGCCCACGCGCGCAGGGUGGGCCUGGUGGAGUGGCACCCCACGGCCGCCAACAUCCUCUUCAGCUGCGGCUACGACUACAAGGUGAUGAUCUGGAACCUGGACACAAAGGAGUCUGUCAUUGUAAGCCCCGUGAGGACAAUUACCUGUCACCAAGACGUGAUCCUCUCCAUGUCCUUCAACACCAACGGCAGCCUGCUGGCCACCACUUGUAAAGACCGCAAGAUUCGAAUUCUCGACCCCCGAGCAGGGACCGUCCUCCAGGAGGCCAGCUACAAGGGGCACCGGGCCAGCAAAGUGCUGUUUCUGGGGAACCUGAAGAAGCUCCUGUCCACAGGCACAUCCCGAUGGAACAACCGGCAGAUAGCCCUGUGGGACCAGGACGACCUCUCUGUGCCUCUCACAGAGGAGGACCUGGACGGCUCCUCAGGUGUGCUGUUUCCCUUCUACGACGCAGACACCAACAUGCUCUACGUGGUGGGGAAGGGAGAUGGCAACAUCCGCUACUAUGAGGUGAGCGCCGACAAGCCUUACCUGAGCUACCUGACUGAGUACCGCUCCUAUAACCCACAGAAGGGGAUCGGUGUGAUGCCAAAGAGAGGCCUCGACGUGUCCUCCUGCGAGAUCUUCCGCUUCUAUAAGCUAAUCACAACCAAAAGCCUCAUCGAGCCCGUAUCCAUGAUCGUGCCCAGGCGGUCGGAAUCCUACCAAGAGGACAUCUACCCCCCAACAGCAGGGGCCCAGCCCUCCCUGACGGCCCAGGAGUGGCUCAAUGGGAUGAACAGAGGGCCAGUCCUGGUGACCCUUAGGCCCGGCUCUGAGCUGCUGAGCCCCCGGCCACUGCCUCCAGAGAGACCCGUCUUCAACUCUGUGGCCCCGGCCUCGUCCCAGCCCUUGGACCAGACAGAAAAGCUGGCUACAGAAGAUGGCUGGAGGCCUCCCUCCCUGCUGGAGGAGAAGGCACCAAGGUGGGCAGCAGAACGCAGGCUGGAGGAGAAGAAAUCCUGGCUCACAAACGGCUUUGACAUUUUUGAAUGCCCCCCACCAAAGACAGAGAACGAGCUGCUGCAGAUGUUCUACCGGCAACAGGAGGAGAUCCGAAGGCUGCGGGAGCUGGUGACCCAGAGAGAGGUCCAGGCCAAACAGUUGGAACUGGAGAUCAAAAACUUACGGAUGCGCUCCGAGCAGUUCUGAGCAGAGACCUCUGCCCUCCUUGCCCUCAGGGACACCACUUGGCUCCGUAGGGAGGUCCAGAACCAAACCACAAGUCCCCCCAAGAACAACCACUAUUUCUACUUUUUUUUUUUUUUUUAUCAGAAAACAAGACUCUCAGUCGUUGAAAGAGAUUCCAGUGGGACGUGGUGCCGUUUUUCUAUUUGCCUUCUUGCAACAAGUGUCUGAAUUGACUCUGUUUUUAGAUGAUAACUUGCCUUCUGUUUAAUUCUGUGUUAAGGGUCCACGAUGAGCUAGAACUUCUCAAGGGGAAGAACAUUGUAAAAAGUUAGAGCUGGAAGGA